UCUCGCUCGUACGGCGAACGGCCUCAACGUCAUUGGGCGUCGAGACGCCGCCACGACGCAGCGCUCUCGGCUCCGAACGCGAAAACGCGACCGCGAAGUGCCGCGACACGAGGACGAGAUCCUAUCGAAGAUCUCUCGGGCGAAUAUCACCGUUUUCGAGUUCGCGAAGACUACGGACACUUUCUCAAGAAGGGGACACGUCCUCGAGGGAAACCAAAACACCGAUCCACCUCGAGGAAGAUCGGGACGGCGCUCCAAAAUCGGCGGCAAAUUGAUCUUUCGGAGACAAGAUCGGUUCUCGCGAGAGUAUGACAGUUAUUAUCGUGAAUUGUCGAACUAGUCGUCUUUGUAAGUGACACCGGUCGCGAGAAUCAGCGUUGAUCGCAUGGAGAACAUUGGUUUCGGGUUGAUCGCAAAUGACUCGAUCUUUCGGGAGAUCGGUGCGAUUCGACUGGUAGAUUGCUAGUGUGUGUGUGUGUGUGUGUGUGUGUAUGUGUGCGCGCGCGCGUGUGUGUGUGUGUGUUACGAUUCGACAAGGGUGAAUGAGAAGAUAGCGUGAUUCCCGCUACCUCAAGAAAUACCUACGACAUACCGUUGGUUUUCGAGAGAAGCGUCUCUCUUUUUAUAAUUUCGAUAUUCUUCCAAUCAAAGCCGUGCGUUGCUCAAAAAAAAAAAAAUCCUCGCUGUUUCUCGAAUUCGGAGGUCUUGCAGAUCCCGAAUUUUAAAGAGUAAAAGGAUCCAGUGCGAAAAAUUUCGGGGGAAUAGUGCGAUAUUUUUUGGACGUGUCUUAAACUUGACGGUCGAAGAUACUCCGAGCGCUAAAACAGAUCUCAAUUUUGCAAAAGAAGGAUCUCUGAAAUAGGUGGCGAGUAGCGUUUUAAUGAAGAGCGUUGAAGAACCUUUCUAUGAAGUGUCUAUUCUGCAAAGUGUUUAUCUAUUUAACGCCUCGCUGGAAAAAGAUUCGCAGCAUCGCGGGAAGGAUUUAUGAAUUAUGAGUCUGCAAGAGGGAAAGGCGUUCUCUCAUAGUAGAAUCUUGCUGAAUACUUUCGCGAAAAGCAAUAUGUCUCGAUCUUUUCGCUACGUGUGUACAUAACUUUGGUUCGCCUAAAAACUUGUGUAUUGCAAUAAAAAUAAGAAUCAUAAUACCGGGGGCAUGAUUUAUAGGACCUGUAGCUGUGUGUGCAAGCAAAAUUAUCGACAAUGGAAAACCGAUACAAUGAAAACUUUACUCAAGUGUUUAGACUCUUCCAUUUUCUAUCUAUCUCGUGAUGUACCAGGAACAUCUUCGGCGUUGGAAGAAUAAUUUGUCAACGUUAAGUUUCUAAGGAAUAAAAGGACCGUCGAUCGAUAUUAAUAUACCUUGCUACAAAAAACUAGAGUUAUCCGUGAUAAGCUUGAUUCGUCAAAUUCUCAAAUCUGUGACACGUGAAGGAUCUCUCGCGCGAAAACUUAGUGGACACUUUUGCGAAGCAUCUAAAUCCUUUAACUCCGGCAUUUAGUCAACUUGCUCAAGAAAUUACCGCCUAGCUAAGGACUGAUUACGGAUAUUAAUAAUUGAAUUGAGAUAGAAACAGAGUUCUCUCAAACAAUAAGUGACAUUUCGAGACAGUCACUGUAACAUUGAGAGUCAAAGCAAGCUCCCCCUCGGUGCGCCAUCGAUUCCGCGGACGAAUCGCGCUUCCGCUGGCGGGAGUUGGUCCUGCGAGUGUAGGAUCCGACUGUGUAUGUGUGAUGACGAUGAGGAUCGCGCCGCGGGGACCACCGAGGUGACUCGCGGUGGCGACGGCUCUUGGGGGACCGGGCGGUACCAAAGCUGCUCGCAGGAUGCUGCGAGCGAGGAGCUCGGAAGGAGGAAGAUCUCGCAGUGCAGAAUCCCUCGCAGUCCUCGAAUCGGCUCUGGCCGACUGGUAGGACCGAUGACGGGGCAUGACGGUCUAACGGCGCGCGUCGCCGGGACGCUCACGUCGCGUUCGCGGCCCCUACUGACGACCCUGACGACGCUGCUCGUCGCGCUGUCCUGCUGCUGCGCUCGCGCCAGUGAAUUCCCCGAGCGGGAAUGCUGCGACCUACCCUACCCGAUUCCGGAGCCCACCGGCAGGUCCACGUCCGCGCCGACGCCAACCGGAAGAAGCGGAUCCGGCAUCAAAGUGCCGAUGGCCAUUCUGAAUUGUCUCUACGCCCGCCAAUUGUGCUACGAGGAUCCAUCGUGCAGCGCCAUUUUGGAGAUUAUACCGAGAGUCUGCGGUCCGGAAUUAGUGGCAUGCUCGACGGUGACGGUGAAAAAGUGCCAGGCGGCUCUGCGCACCCUGCAGGCUUUCACUUUCUUCCGACCGACGUGCCUCUGCAGGGAGCCGCAUGUCGAUCCGGACUGCAACAGCUUCCAGAACUUCCUGUUUGACCACCCGUGCGACUACGUAGAAUGGAAAGACAAAGAUCCAUAUCCGAUAGAUGCAUUGCCGACGUGCAAUCACGCGCUUAAUCUUUGUCUACGUGGGAAACCUUGCAGUCAGAUCUACAAAGAUUUCAAAACCAACUGCAAGAUUCAAGAAGGCCAGUGCAAAAUGGAGAAUCGGGAUGCUUGCCAUGAUUCCUGGACGCAACUGCGACUGUCGCCAAUGUUCGGCUGCAUUUGUCCGAAUAAUCACAUCAAGCGGAGAUGCGAUAAGAUCUUCUCGACGGUGAACCACAAUCCCUGUGUUGAGGUCCUGCCCUCCUCCACCUCCGUAGACCUGUCGGGCACGGAUUCGGCCCUGUACCCGUUCGACCCGCAGCAGGAGAACUACCAGGAGAUCUGGUUGCCGCCGACCAGUAUGUACCCCUAUUUUCUGUUCCCCGGGACCGCGCGCACCCCGCCGUACUACGAUCCCGACAGCACGUACGACAUACGGGAGCCCGGCGACCGCUACCAACACCACCACCGUCACAGCGAUCGACAUCAUCACCAGGAAGCGCCGGAGCUGCCUGGCAGGCCAGCCGUCCUCGUUGUCGAGGCGUACGAUCCUCGGACCGAUUCGGACCGGUACGAGACCGACAUGAAUCGGUUCGAGGAUCGCGCGGCGACCUUGCGUCCAGGCGUUGAUCAUCCGGAUCGGUCGACGGAUGGAUCUUCUUCCUCCUUCUCCUCCUCUUCUUCUUCUUCUUCCUCCUCUUCUUCUUCUUCUUCUUCUUCGUCUUCGUUGUCCAAGCAUGAUCGCGCCUCCGGCACAGUGCACCUGCAGCCCCAAAGCGAGCAUGACGCGCACCCGCACCAGCAUCGGCACCAUCACCACCAACAGCACCAGCACCAUCACCAUCGUCAGCACCCCGCACUACCCGCACCGCCGUCCGUCGUCGCGACGCUGUCGUCGUCGUCGGCGGGCUCGUACGCGCCGGCGGCUGCUCGUCCCACGCCUACCGUGUUGGACGAGCCGUAGGCCCACGGGCCCGGUCAUGCCGAAUCGCCCCGGCUGCCGGCCCCGAGGAAGUUUGCGCCUAGGCCAACCUACGAGCACCGCGCGAUCUUCGACCGCGCCGACGACGAUCUCGAUGACCUCGAAAUCAGGCCAGCCGCGCCGCCCGUCGAUCGGUUCUUCGAUCUCCGCGAAGAGUUCGUCGAUCAAGUGAAGGUCAUCGCCCAUCCGGACAAUUCCACCAGCUUCGAGGUGAUUGAAUCGCAGUUGGAAAAUCCAUUGAUCGAUGCCAAGCAUCGGGACCUGCUCAACAUGAAGCAGAUUCCUAUUCCGGGUGGCCAUCAUCAUCGCACUCAUCACAAGAGAAACCAAACAGAUGAUUUUGAACAGGCGGGCGUGGAACCACCGUCCUCUACAUCAGACAUCGACAAGCUUCAACAGCCGGUGAAACUGAUCUUGUCCAGCACGUGCCAUCAUGCUUACACGUCUUGCAAAAACGAUCCGGAAUGCAAGAAUCUGCUGGAACCCGUCCUGAACCACUGCGACGCGACGACGUGCGCGAGGAACGAGUGCAUGGAAGCACUGCAACACUUCUACAAGACCGCCAAUCACAAGCAUUCCGUGGAAAUUGCCUUCUGCCUCUGCAGGAAAACGGACAACAAAAAGGACGAGUGCAUAGUGGCACAAGAGAAAAUGCAUCCAACUUGCGCGCAGCGCAUAGACGGCGCCGAAAUGCCAACGUGUCACAGCCUGGCCGAGACUUGCAAAGAGAACAGAAGCUGCAGACUCAGACUGGAAUAUUAUGAACAGAGUUGCGCGGUAGAUAGCGUGACGAAGAAAUGUGCUGGACCAACCUCCGACUGCAGAAAAGCGAUGCUGGGCAUCCUAGGUACUGAACUUCAUACCAAUUGUGCUUGUAAGGGCACCGAGCUCAACCAGCUAUACGGCUGUAUGGGUUGGCAGCGGCUUCUCUGGGUGAAUCCUUGCGUAGUGGAGUCGCAGAAGGACUAUCACGCGCGCAGGAAACAUCAUCAUUUGCGACCAACGACAACAGCAAAGACAACGACAGCGGCAGCGGCCGUCGCGUCAACGACGAGGUCACCGGCGAGCACGACUGCGACCACCGCGGUCGAACAAGUGGAAGAUAAUCAAAUACCGGAAGUGACGAGGUGGCCGACCACCGAACCCACGGAAACUUGGGAAAUCACAACCACCACUAUAAGCACCACUCCGAGCACCACCACAACCACCACGCCGACACCACGCUUCUGCGUGGUUCAAAGGCCGAGACACAGUCAGCAAUACAUAAGAGAAGGCAAGGGCAAAAGGCUUUAUCGCGAAGACGAGCCCGAAUGCUCGGAACUCUGCCACUGUGGUGAGGGCGAACAACUCGUUUGCAACACCAUCUGCGUCGAUUCGUCACCUUGUAAGACGGAUUUCGCUUUCUACAACCAUGAAGCGCCGGCCUACCAGGCGCAUCGGGGUCCUUGCCUGUGCUAUAGCGGGGGCUUUAUAUGCAUGCGGCCUUCGCCAGACACAUAUAGUAUACCGCACGGGGUUUUCAUGUUCCUGGGGUACAGCGAGAAGGACGAGACCAUGUUGAAGCCGUACAACAAUGUGACUGUGCUGGACGCGGUGUCGUCUCUCGACAAUUUCAUGAGAGAGGAAGUCAAUAAUCAGACAGUAUGCACGCUCUUCUUGUACAACGCGACCCGAGAAAACGUGAUUGCAGUGGCACGACUCGGGACCGACAAUCCACCCUUAAAUAGCAGCCAGGCUCAAAGUCUACAGCACCUGCUGCGCGUCAAGGAGGAGUGCGCGUCGAUGAUGCAAGAUCUCAGCGACAAGAUCAACAAUAAGCACCACGAGGUGCACACGCAUCCGUUGCUUUCGAUCUUCAAGAUGGCUGAGGUUGAGGUGAAGAUGCCGUACAGCAGCGAGGCGGCGAUCUCCAGGUCGUCGUCGGCGCUCCUUAUCGUUCUGUUCGCAAUCGGCCUGUUCGGGUCGACGUGUCUCUUUGGUUCGUGACAGGGACACCAAGAUAUUACGAAGAAUCUGUAUCGAGUGUCCCCCUCGCGGAGGAUCGCCACGUGUCGCGUGCACGUGGUAGCGGCGGUUCCGACAACGGGAUCCGCCUGGACGAAAGAGGACUCGUCGUGGCCUUGAAGGGCACAGAUCAACGAAGGGAAGAAAUCCUCCCGCCUUCCCCUCGAUCGCCAUGCGGAUCGACAGAUCGCAGGGAUCGAUCGGCGGAUCCGCACAGCGAUCCCUCAUACAUUCCCGCCGAUCGCGGAUCGCUCACCGCACCGUUGAAGAUAUUAUUAAAUAUAUAUUGAUAUUUAAUGGUAUUUUUGUUACACUGCAUCUCGACAGAGCGUCCUCGAGCCUUGUCCUUAACUCUUCGACCGUCUCAGCUCAUACGAUUCAAAGAUUUAUUCUUGGAACGUGCAAUGAUUGUGUAACUAACUAUAAUGUUAAUUAAAUUAAUAUUAUAACAAACUUUUUUUUUUUUUAAUGCAAUUCUGGACAAAAAGAAAUGUGCUCGCACAUUCCAUAAAUUUCGUAUAUUAUACGUAGAUAUAGUUUUUAUUUGACUGAUUAUGUUUUGCAGCAAAUAUAACGAUUGUUAGGGUACUCAUGAAAAUUAUAGCACUCGUUUAAACUGCACUAAAACUGCCGAUUUCGUGAUUACCAAGUUUUCUUCUCAGAACACAUAUCAGAGAAAAUAGCAAUCUCAUAUCCACUUUAACAAAAUAUUCAUUGCACGUUCCAAUAUUUUUAAAGCAUUUAUAGAUUCUAAUAUACACCAUGGACAUGAUAGCUAUGCCUGACUGAAGAUACUGCACUGUAAUAAUACCUUCUACAGAGAAACAGUGCUAUUGCACUACUCGGUGCACUCGAAAGGUUAGUGACGGAUGAUCGAUGAUGCCCUGGACGAUCGACGCCGCUUUGAGGUCGAGCUUGAUGCGGAUACGAGAUUGACAUGAAAUACAUUUGUCAAAUGCGCGAAAUCAAGUAGAAAUCGUCGGCCAAUUUGUGCUUUUGUUUUACGCGCUCGAUAAUUCCGCCGUCAAAAGUGUCUUGCGACGAGACUGUUGCGCGAUCGACAUGCAACCGACGUAACUUGGACACGAGUUGCAUCGCAAGUUGAUCGUUAACGAUCGUACGCGGUACUGAUGAUGUUUGAUUGCAUGACAAUUUACGGGCGAGUGAUUGAGAGAGAAUAUAAUUAACAAUAUAUAAAAAUUAGAAAAUAUUGAAAAAAUGAGUAAUCGAGAUUUUUGCGUUUUCUAAUGAGAUUAACUAAUAUAUAUAUAAAUUAUAUAUAUAUAUAUAUAUAUAUAUAUAUAAAAAUUAUAUAUAUAUAUAUAUAUAUAUAUGCAUAUAUAUAUAUAUAUAUAUAUAUAUAUAUAUAUAUAUAUACACACACAUAUAUAUAAAAUAAAUUUUCUCAAUGCCCAAUUGGCAGACAAGAUUACAAUCAUUACUUAGAAAAGCGGAUGAUUAACGUAAAGUCCGUGAAUAGAUAGGAACAUUUUGUUGCAAAUUGUUGAAUAAAAAUAUUACAUAUAUACACUUGAAGUGUUUUAUUUUUAAACGUUGAAACUCUUCGCACAAUUAUAUUAUUGUUAAUAUUAUAUUACAAUUGUUAGUCUAAUGGAACAAUUCGCAUUAAUUCGCGCUUUCGAUGCGACAGAGCAGUAACCAUGACAAAAUUUUAAUUGAGAAAAAAAUAAAGAUAUUAAAAAAAGAAACGUUAAAAGUUGCACUUUUUCGAAGUUGGCCUCAAGAGGCAUCCCGUGAAAUUGAGAAAUAAAAUGUAGACUCGAUUGCGAAAGAUCGAGAUGGAAGGGCAGAAAGCGGUGGACGCGAUUCGCGAUCGUUCGGAACGAGAGUACGACACGUGUAUAAUAAAUCGACCGUAACGCGAGAGGCAGUCUGUAUAAAUGGCUAAGCACUAAUCUACUGUAUAAUUAACGGCCAAGCAACGCAAACCUCCUCCCGUACUGGACCAUUAGGUGUUUGUUAAAGUUGAAAUCUAAACCUAAAGCACAUGCGUCUAUACGACGUGUCGCGCGAGGCUCGAAUGUGUAGAUAAAUGUAGAUUGUUAAUAGCGACGUAAACAGAAAAAAAAUGGUGUAAUAGAGGUAGCCUGGAAAUGCGAUCGAGCGAGAAAAUUGAUCGUGGCCCGCUCGUUUUCAAGUUUCAAGUCGCGCCGAUGUAUACGAAGUAUCCCGGAGUCGAUUUCAACAAAUGGUCCCCGAAUUCUCUAGCUUUUCCUCUUUAUUUUCCUCAUUUUCAAAUUGUAUAUAUUCAAGUUGUAAAUAUCCAAUCACCUUAGAAAUGUACGGGGUGCCUUAGAAAAUCUAAGAGUCCUAGAGAAAGAGAGAGAGGCAAGAGAGACGUCCAAUCAAAUUUUCGCUAAAUAAAGAAAAAAAUGGCCUCAGAACUUGUGCUAGAUAAUAACGCCUUAAUAUCACAAGUAUAGAUUUAGAGGAACCAACGCAGAUCCCGACAAUCGAAUUUUCAACUCAUUACGCAAGAAUCACAUCAUUAAUCAAACCUUUUACACAUUUAUUUUUUUAUUUGUAACAAGAAGGUGGCAAUGUGUCUCCUCGUUAGAUCGUAAAUUACAAUAUGAGCGUACUUUUCUCUUCGAUCGUUUCUUUAUCUCUAUCAUACAUUCGUGUCAUCGAUUAUUUUAUUAGCCGAUGGCGCCGAUAAGGGCGGCGCAUAUCAAUGCGAAAUGGCGCGGCACCUCGCAUCGCGUCUCCGUAAUUACGGUGCGCAAUGUCAAUAGUUCGUGACUGUGGGAGGCACCCUGUAUAAACGGUCGAUUUGUCAGCCCGGAAGACGAGAGGGGGAUACGAAGCGGAAAACUUGUAAACGGCGGCCGAACGCUUGACAUUUACAAAUUACUCAGAAAUUCACGAGCUGGAAUUAUUCAGCAGCCGGAGAAGUCCUCCCGCUGGCUCGAUCAUAAUCUCGAUACCGGCGAUUAAUAACCCUCGGGAUUCCGAUAAUUAUCCCUAGCUGCGACCGACUCGUCACUACUCCACCCAUCUUUUCCAAACGAUACUAGAACGCUACGAGCUCGGUGUUUUAAGGAUCGAAGACGAAUCUUGUUUUUGUUGCCAUCGAAUCUCAAUAAUUUUCCGUCAUGGAUUUAUUUCGAGCGGAAGUGUCUUAAUUAUUUAUAAUUUAAUACAAUUUCAAAUGCGUCGAGAUUUAAUUAUCAUAAAUCCCAAAUGUAGAUUUUAGCUGAAUAUAUAUUUGACGAUAAAAUGUCAAUUAUAAUUUAACUCUUUACCUUUUAAUUAGUCUACAAAUAAAAAGUUAUUAUGGAUAAAUUGUGUUCACGUAUAUCUCGUAUAUAGCUUGUGUUUAAAUAUUUACAUAAAUUUUUCGUUAAAUUUGUUUUUAUUUUAUUCUUCACUUGUAGCCAAGCGCUCAACUCAAAAUGCGAUGAAAAUAUUAUCUAUGAAAUUUUUUAUUCCAUUUUCUUCAAUCGCACAUUUUAAAAUAUUUAUAAUUUUUUUCAUUGAUUUUAAGUUCUUUAAAAUUUUAAUUUGUCCAUUAAUUACUCCUUUCGCUUUGCUCUCGUUAUCGAAGCUGAAGUAAUCGAUAAGCGGGAAAAUUAAUUCCUGAAAGUUGAUUAUACGAACAACCAUUGAUGGAGACGCGAAUGUAACGAUUACUACGAGAACUUUUGUUAUCCUUGUGACUCCCGCUAGCCGAAUAAAGUGACGAGAAUCCGCUGGGAGGGAUCUUGAGGAUUAUAAUUGCGCUAAAGCUUCAGGCGAAUCCGAGAGAGCUGUCGGAGUUAACUAACGAAAACUCGCUAGACAAUGCAGCGGCAGGAACAAUACGGCAAAUAAAUAGAGCCCUUCUAUGCAUACGAUAUACUCUAUAAAUAUACGUUAUGUAAGUGCAUAUACAUAUAUAAAUAAAUAUAUAAAUAUAAAUAUAAAUAUAAAUAUAGCUAAUGCGAGAUAAAGGCGGACAGCCAGCGCGUGCUGGCUGCUAUAUUGUUUGUACAUGGACGACAAGUGCGAAUUAGAAGACAAGUUGUAAUACGGUAAUUCAAUUAGGCAUUCGUCGAUCUAGGCGCGAGUGUAACUACCGCCUUGUGUGCGUGUGAGUCCUGCGUGCGAAACACGAGAGUACGUUUGUGCGUGCCAAUCGUUCCCCGCGCUCUUCCCAGUGAAUUAUAUUAUAUUACGUUCAGUAAUAAUAUAAAUUAUACUAUUACCGCAGUGAUUUAUAUAAAGCGAUUGUAAUCGCGUGAAUAUCGGGCGUAAAUAUCAAUUCGUUCUUUUAUAAUCUCGGUUUUAACAGUAAUUACUUCGCAUUAUAAUUUAAUUCGCACUAUUAUGUGUACCGUAAUUUCAUUAUUUCCGAGCUCUUGCUACGCAGCAAAAAUUGUAAUCGGGUGUAAUUACUCUCUCUGAUUAAUUUCAUUUAAUUUUUGACCGAACUAGAUAUAUCUUAUCAUGCAUAUAGCCUUAAAAAAAUUUUUUUGCACAAACUUUUAUCUAAAAGUUACGCGUUAAUUUUUUAAUAACCAUAUCUUUAAAUAACUUACAAACUUUAUUUUACGAGCAAUACGCACACAGAGCAGAUGAAAAUUAUUAUCCGAUGUAUAGCAAAAGUAUUAUUCAAGAAAAAAUGAGAAUGAAAUCGAAUUUAUUGUGGUGCUGCACGACAGCACUGACGUGUCUCUUCUCGACACGUUGGUUAAUUUUAAUUAGUAAGUAUUAUUUAAUGAAUUAGAAAAAAAGGAUCCUACAUUAAAUAAUGACAAUUUAAUUAAAUUAAAACCAUUGCGAACAAUCAGAAACGAGAAACAGCGCGAGGCGGAUUGUGCGUGCGCGACGUGGUAAAGCAAUAAUGUAUAAAAUUUAUGAAUCGCGGGCACGUCGCUCAAAGGAACGGAAGAUGUUAAUGUACACGUUAUACAUACGCGCAUGUAGUCAGGAUAUAAUAUAUGUUGAUUAGUUAGAAAGCGGCGAGGCUAAUAGUUUCAAUGGCAGCGAAAUCGGUUCUUCGGGGACGAUCGAUUGAAAAGCGAAACCCUCUCAAUGAACUCGAUCGAUCUCGAAGACGUGGACCAAACGCGAAAAUCUCGCAAGAAGCGUGGAUCAAGGUUGAGGGGCCUUCUGUCGAUUUACAGCGCAAAAAAUACAAUACGUUGUACGUAUCGAUUAAAUGGAGAAUCUCGAACUUUGGCCAUUAAUUUUUACAUUACACAUAUAAACCUAAUUAAGAUGCAUGCGCGAUUAUAAUGCGCGCAUAAAGAAUUUAACGGGAAUUCGAUUCAGUUAGUUUAAUAUGACAUUUGGUAGAAAUGCAAAUUGCAUAUUUUAUUACUCCGAAUUAUGAUUUCGUUAAUUUAAUGCCCAUAUUAAUUCGUCGUAUUUUAAUUGUGUAUUUUCACUAAUGAUAUUCUAUGGAAAUGUCACAUCAAUUAAUUCCACGCAUUUAAUCGUAUCUAUAUUUUAAUUAAUAAUUAAUUAAACAAUGCAUUCGUAAUCGUCCCGGUAUUUUCACUUGAACAUUGCGCUCGUCAUUCUUUGAGAGCCCUACAUUCGAUCUUGAUCGACGUGGUGUCCCAAAAGUGGGGUAACGACGGGGCUUGCCCGAAGUUUGCGCUCGCUGCACUCGGAAUGUAAAUAAUUGCGCGGAAAUAAUGCCCCCUAGACGAUCCUAGAUCGUCGGUUAUAGACGCACGAAUCAACCGAUAAAAACCAUUACGCUCAAUUACUACUCACUGGCAAGGUACUUUUGACGCACUGUUCGCUAAGAGGGCGAGUAGCUUUAAUACUGCUGCAUUCGACGGAUGCAAUUUUUCUCCACGAAGCACGGUUGCACAAUUGAAAACAAAUUCUAUUUUACUAUGAGACAAUUUUGUAUACAAAGUUAGUAUUAUAUAUUUCAUUAUAAUGUAUAUCAAAUUUUAUGUUGGCAAGUUAUGUUUUUUUUUAUAUUACGCUUUCCUGUUUACUCUCUCUCUCUCUUUCAUUAAAAUUCUGUCUUUCUCUCAUUCUUGCACAUUUUAAUUUUAUCUUCCUUUUUUAUAUUUUUCUGCAAAACAAAUCUUGCUACAAACAUCUGCACAAUUUUUUGCAGAUAUUCCGUUAAGAAUGAUAUUUUGUAACAUUUUGUUUUUUCUCCACAAACAUUUGAAUCUUACAGAAACGUAUGCGUGUAAUCAUCAUUAAUAUACGCUAAACGCUGUGCGUGUAUCUAUUCGUGGCCAUCUCAUACGGUCCAGUUAAAUCAGAUAAUCAAAUAUCCGACGCCAAAGUCGGGCCUGCACGCGGCCUAAUUACUCUCGGUAACGUAUUGCACAUUAGAUACACGUGUACGUGGAGAAUUUGCGACGGUCAACGAUGAUGAUGAUGAUAUCUACCUUGCUGGAGAAUCAUUUCUAUAGAUCUCACUAUUAUAACGAAACACAUCAGAGAAAAAGAGAAAGGAAGAAAGAGAAAGAGAGAGAAAAAGCUAUUCUGCUACAUUUUAUCAUGUUGUGAUUGAAUCCUGAAACAAUUUAGUAAAAAAAUUAUAAAUGAACAUCGAGGAUUCCGUUAGCAUAAUUCACAUUUCCAAAAUGGAAAUUUUUCUUCUUAAUCAAAACGUAUAAUAAAUCUUUCAUCUUCAUUCAAAAUAAUUUUUCAUUUAAUUUCAAAUAAUUUUUUUUUAUCUCUACGCGCUUUUAAUCUUUUUCCACAUUAGCCUUACUAAUUUCCGUGCUUCGUGCGAACGCGUGAGGGUGACUGCUUAACUGUAAAAAGCGACGCGAGGGCAAUGCAAUAAUUACGCAUGCAUGCGAGAUCGCGCACAUGUGUGGGUGUAUGAGUGUGUGUAGCCGAUGCGUCGGAGGGCAUGACGUUACUGUAAAGAGCUUGCUUUGUGACCGCGAUGUUACUUUGUGACGAUGUGACUGAUGCGACGAUCUCACUUGAGAGAGUUGGUUAAACUUCCUCAUGUUCCUCGAACUUGGCCGUCUCUUGCUCCAGCAUAAAGUUUAUAUUACAUUUUGCUUGAUUACUAAGCUUACAAGACGAUGCGACACGUUUAGUUUUACAGGCAUUAAGAUCUAGUUGCUAUCUAUGAUCUUGUUUUGUUGAAUGAGAUAAAUUUGUUGGUAAACUCAUUGCUGGUGAGGAUGUAAAGAAAUAGCUGUGUCUAAUGUAAAUUACAAAAUUCGAAACUUUGAAACUUUUCAGGCUACAAAGAAUCUCGCUAAUACAGCUUUAACUCGCUAAAAAUUAUAUUGUUACUUAAUUGUUGUUAGUGAAAUCAGUAUUGCUUCACCUUGUAUCGAAAAUUUCAUUACUGAUUGUUCUACGUUCCACGACGUUUCUCGAGCAUUUCAGUUUGUUAUAUGCAGUGAAUAUUGACUGAUCUCUCAUUUACGGCAGAAUACGACCUUCUCUCAACUGAACUCCUUAGCAAAGUAAUAUCGUGAGUGUAAAGUAACUUCUCUUCGCGGUACUAAUUCUUCCAAACAAGCUGCGGACGUGGGUCUUCGUACGACUUGUAUGAAUUCUAACUUCCUUGCGUAUCACGUAUCCAUUGUACGUGGACUGUUGCGAACCGCGCGAUUACCAAUAAAUCGAAUUGAUCGAACUUAACAAAACUUUUUGUGAGAAUUUGCGCUCAUUUACAAGAUGCUCCGCAAUUUCUCGUCAGUUGUCGCAAUCUGAUUAAUUAUCUUCGAAGAUAAAUGCACGCAGAGAGUAAUUCGAUGCAACAGUUCAAGCGCAAAUACAAUCGAAAAUGUUUGAAUUACGUAAAUCGAUUCGAGAGAGUCAAAUAUCAUUAAUUUACGGAACUACGCUUGAGCUGUGCGUAUCGUGUUUCUCUAAGUAUUUAUACAUCGUGUAUUUACCAUUAGAUUAAUGAAGAAACGUCCUUAAUUAAAUAGAAAUCUUUCUCCAUUCGCUUGAAGGAGCGAAGCCGAGAUUUUAGAAAUUGUUAUAAUACCACAAAGUGGUUUUAAAAUUUAGGAAUUUUACAACUCCAGUUACACGAGAUUUCCGAGGCUUAACAUGAUUGUAAUAACUGAUGACGAGUUUGUUAAAAUGAUCGAAAAAGCAUCGUGAGUUCUGUAAUGAAGACAAAGGAGGAACGCCUCGAUAGAAGGAAAGAGAAAGUUUUACAAAGGUAAUUUUUUUAAUACAUAAAAACAAAUGUUUACUAUUUAUUGUUAUAACAUUCUAAAAGUGGCGUUAUGUAUUGAACUUUCAUAGAAUGACUUUGUUACUCGAUGUAGCGCCAUUGAAAAAUAUCAUACAAUUAAAAAAAAAAAAGAAAAAGAUACGUCACAGACACACAAAUGCAAUACGUAUAAAAUAAUUUACAAUAAGUAUUACUAAAUAUAUUAUUGCAAAUAUACUAAAUUACAGAACUUUCACUGUGUGCAUCUUUAAGCCAUAUGCAUCAAUAUCAAUUAUAUAAAACGUAUUAUUAACCAUAUUAAACAAUUUAGAAAGUACAAAUUUAAUUAAAAUAUCAAAUUUUCAGAUACAUAUCACAUCUUGAUCUUGAUUAAACAAAUUGGAAAGAGUUAAUAAAAGGAAGAUUAUCUCUGCGUAUUUUAAUAAAGUCUAAAAGAAUCAUGGUAAACUUCUUGGAAGAUAUUUCUUCCAGCCUCAUAAAAGCACUUAACAUUUACAAUCAUGUAUUAGUGAUACAAAAUUUUUAAAUAUUUACUUAAAUUUCUAGUGAUGUUACUUGGAUGCAUAAAGGCUUAAAGUUUUGCAGCUUUAUAAUACAAACAAAUAGAAUAAUCUUUAAUCGUCAAUUAUGUCCAACGAUCCGUCACCCUCUUCCAGCCUCGUGCUUCGAGAUUCGCGUUGUAAUAAGUAAUAUUAGAUUCUUAUUAUGAGAUGUUAAAAUGUAUUAAUUAACUUUUAAUUAAUUAUUAAGCAACUGCGAUGUACGAAGACCUGCGAAGAAUCGAUUGUACCAUUGUUUCAAACAUUUUGCGACAAAUGACACACGAAGACAAAUGAAUCGCCGAAAUUAUAAUAGCUACUUGGUUACUUAUUAAUUAUUGGAAUUAAUAAACUUUUUGCGCCCUCAAUUACCCACAUUAUUUUAAAUUAUAUAAUAAAUUACUACCAGUGCAAAUUUAAAUUAUAAAACAAACUUGCUUGAUUAAACAUAGAAAGUAAAUGUACAUUACGUUUUAAUUUGAGGAUUGAGACGUUUUUUUAUCAACAGGACAUCUAUGACAAUUAGAAGGCGCAAGAAGUUAAAUGUUGAUUUUCACCGCUCGAAGCCGAGGAUAAAGAUGGUUCCAAUUAAACAUAUCAAGGCCUCAUAGAAAAGGCCAGCCAAUAUCCGGAUUUCUAUUCUGGUUUUGCGUAGAUUCAGUUUUUUCGACGCUUUUUCUUGCGACAGGAAACACAAACGAGAGCUCGCGAAGCGGCUCGAUCGCGCGGUGAUGCGCAGCUUCCAAGGACUAUCUUGGAGAUAAUGUAUGAUCUGAUAUAAAUACGCAGGAAAAUCCUGUCCACUGGA